AUGAUUGUUGAAGAGCAAUCCGCCCUCAUAGACCACAUUGAAAGUUUUCCACAUUUAUGGGACAAGAAAAAUGCCAUGUACAGUGAUAUUAUUGCUAAAGAAAACGCAUGGAAAACCAUUUCCACUAUUAUGGAAAAGACUGUAAAAGAAUGCAAGGAUUCUUGGGACUUUUUAAGAUCCAAAUACAUACGAGAAAGGAGAGUAAUCAAGAACAUCCCAUCGGGGACACGAGGCAACAUUAAGAUCUCUGGAGAAUCCCAAUCUCAACAAAUUUCACCGAAAAUUAGGAAAGCUCCAUUCUACAAUUUUAGUAACACAUCUGGAAUGUUUGAGGUCGAAGAAGAGGAUGAUGACUGCACUCAGAUUCAGUUGGAGGAACUGGAAGUCAUCCUAGAAACACCUUUAGAUGAGGGAGACAUAUCUCAAGACCUCACUCAAGACUCGCCUUCGUUGCUUUCGGGUCCGGCUGCCAAAACCUCCAAAAUACCAGAAAAAGUUAUACUUACCUAG